UCGUUUGCGGAAGUAAUUUAUUAGUGAAUUUCUUAGUCUUUUUCACUCGUUAUUUUUAACGAAGAUAAACGCUUACAAGGAUAGAAAAAAAUUUAAAAACUCGAGUAUAACGCAAAUAGAAAUAGAUAAUAUCAUGCUAUUCGAUGCUUGGUUUCCUUGACAACAUAGGGGAAAGCUCGAUCGAGGGGAAAGUUAUCUUUCCAUCGUUUAUGAUAUUUUCUAUUUCCUAUUUAACACGAAUUUGAAUGCAAAUUAAUUUCGGCUAUUAUGUCGACGUUAAGAGAAUUAUUAUAAAUCAUUUAUCAAUGUCAAGGACAAAUUAAUAUCUGACAAGUCCUUACGUGACAUAGUGUAAAAGUUACAUAUAGGAAACCAGUGCGAUAUAGGCAACUCUCUCGCUCUCGCAAACAGGACUAGAACAAGAUUGGUCUGUGCAUGUUGUGGCCCUUUAAAACGUGUGUGACAACCGAGUGUAUUGUUCUGCUUCGGUUCGUGGUAAUCCAGUCGUAAAAUGAUAGUGAAAUGAACAAGAGGUAUAUUAGAUGUACGAAGUUGAUGCUCUUAAAUGAAUUUCUACCUUCGACCGAUGCAUAAAGUCGUUUCAUUGAAAUGCUGAAUCGGAGACGCAACGAAGGUUAGGAUGAAAAGUAUCAUUAAUAUUUUGAAAAUGUUCAUUGCGUUUUUCUAUGAUUACGCACGAGGAUUGUCGUAUACAGUUACCACGAUCUUGGUUUUGGGUUAUUGCCUGCAUCCAGCAAGGUUUGCUUCGCAUUACACGUUUAUAAAGACGGAUGACAUUUACGAUGAAAUGGAAAGGUCGUAUCCGGCAAGGGAUAACUCUUGCAUGAUCUCGAUUAAUCCUAGAAGAUCUCAUUUACUUUAUCCCGAUCAGUAUCCUCGAGAGGAUCCAGUAGUAAUGGCACGACGCUUAGGUAUAUUGCCAGGAGGACAAUGGAAGCCUCUCAACUGCCAUCCCCUAUUUAACGUGGCAAUCAUACUGCCAUACCGAAACCGGCAAACGCAGCUUGCCAUUUUUAUGAAUUACAUUCACCCUUUCUUGCAAGCUCAGAAUCUCGAUUACAGAAUAUUCGUGAUAGAGCAAAGUCCGAUGAGCGAAUUCAACCGUGCGAAACUAUUCAAUGUUGGAUACGCCGAAGCAACCAAAGUGAACGAUUUUCAUUGCUUUAUCUUUCAAGAUAUAGAUUUAAUACCUCAGAAUCCUGAUAAUAUUUAUGCUUGCACAAAGAUGCCAAGACACAUGAGCUCAAGCGUGAAUACAUUUCGUUAUAAUUUACCUUACACAGGCUUGUUCGGAGGUGCAAUUGCACUGACUCGUAAACAAUUUGAAAGGGUCAACGGGUUCUCCAAUGUUUUUUAUGGAUGGGGUGGAGAAGAUGAUGAUUUUUACAGUCGUCUGCAAUCCAGGGGUUUUCAGGUGAUUCGUUUCAGUCCUGAUGUUGCUCAGUAUUAUAUGCUAACGCAUAAAAAAGAAACUCCAAGUAACGCAAGAUUUGAAAAUUUAGAGACUGGUGCUAAGAGAUACGACACAGACGGAAUUAGCAAUUUAGAAUAUAGGGUAUUGAAUCAUCAGUUAAGGCCAUUGUAUUCAUGGAUCUUAGCGGAUGUCUAGUCCUUCGAACAAUUAAUAUUUCUUAAAUUAUUUUAUGAAGAAACUUACUUCUUUUAAGAUAUUUUCUGCAACUUCAUUUCACAAUGACAAAAAUCUUCACAGCAGAAAAUUGUUUGAUAUGAAAGUUACACAAAGAUAAGUUUUAUAUAAAUUUUCUAGCAACGUGUAAACAAAAGAAAAAACUAAUGUCACCGUAACAUUUUUUAUACAAGUGUUGUUCUGAACGGUAUAGUGAUAUUUACACCAAAAGCAUUGCCAUGAUAUGUUUGUAUUAUUAAUUGUUUAGUAACGUAACGUAAAGAAAUAGUCUGUAGAUAAAAAUGUACUCAUCCGACGUUACGUUUUUGGAAACGAAAAUACUUCGGUAGUCGGUUCGCACAUUGUCGUGCAGUUUGUUCGAACUAAUUGUCUGCAGUCUUAUAUAUAUAUAUAUAGAAAAAGACAUGCGUCCUAAAUUCCGUUCCUGUUUACAUUAACGCAUUACGUCGUGAAGGUCAAUUUUUUAAGAGAACGCAGUUUUGAUAGUACAAAACUUCUUUAAAUAAAUCACGAAUUGUAGAUAAUCAAUUUUCCCCUAACUUAUUCCUAAUUCACAGAUAGCUAAUAUUUGAUACUUUUAGUAUGGUAUUUGUGUAUACCAAAGGAAAACUAAUAGUGAAAUUAGAACAUUAUUUAUUGUUUUUUUAAUAAUGAAAACAUGAGAUAGAAUAAGUUCAUAUGUUACUAAUCGCCAAAUGUAACCAAAGCAAUCGUUAUAAAUAUCAAAUACUUAAUGAUUCCAAAUAACUUUAAUGUGAUGAUAAACUUAAAUAUAUAUAUUAUAUUGGAAUAGUCUGUGCUUGAGUAUAAUUCAGGAAUAUUUAGUUUCUAAAGAAAACUGAGUCCAAAUUGUAAAUCAUCGAAAGUAAAGUUUAAAAUUAUAAACGGCUGUAUACGUGUUAAAGCAACUAUUUAUUGUAUAAAGUCAUCACUAUGCGACCAUUAAACUUUCAUUUACAUGUACUUAAUUUACAAUAGAUUGUAUUUUUGAAAAGUCUAAGAAUCAUAAGUAUUGCUUUAAAUAUCCUUUUCCGACUUUUAAUUGAAAGAAAAGAAAAACAAAAGUGAGAUUUUUUUUUAGCGGAUACGAGUGUAGUGCGGGCAAUAUUGCCGAGUGUAUUUUUAUUAUCUCUUAACUUAUUAUUACAUAGGUUUUGCAUGUAUAAUUAAAAAAAUAAUGAUAGGGUUUACGAAUGACUGUAGAAAUGUGUGUGUAUAUAUAUAUAUAUAUAUAGUGUAUUCACUAUAUAUAUAAAUAUAGUGAAAAAUGUAUGAUCUCCAAAAUUACGAUUUAAAUUAGUAAUAAAAAGAAAAACGGACGUAUAUAUGCGAAUAUAAAUAUAAUUAUCUCUCUAUAAUAUGUCUGUGUGUGUAUUUGUGUACGUGAAAUCUGACAUAAUUACAUUAUAAACAAAUUAUGAAAUUUAAUGCAAACUGUUACAGUAUAAUAAAUAUGUGAUGAACCAG